UAAUUUCGAAAUCGUGUUAGCACCAUGAAGGUCUUGAUUGUCUUAGCAACUAUUACUGCGUUCGCUGUUGGUGACGUUAUCAGGGAUGUCCCUGAGUGGAGUACAUCAUGGAACUACAUGGAGAGGAUCGGUAUCCCCGAAGCUGAGAGAAUCCGGAAAGCAGAGGAGAAGUAUUUGUCUUCGAGAAUCGCUGGAGGAGCUCCCGCUACAAUAGGCGAAUUCCCAUACCAGGCUGGUUUGAUUGGGGACAUUAGAAAUGUGCAAGGGCAAGGUGUAUGCGGUGGAUCCCUGAUUUCAGCUAAUCGCGUGGUAACUGCUGCUCACUGCUGGUUCGACGGAACUAACCAGGUUUGGAGAUUUGAGGUAGUCCUCGGUUCUGUGCUACUCUUCAGCGGCGGUACCAGGAUCUAUUCCGAAGACGUUGUUAUGCACGCUAACUGGUGGCCGUCUCUUAUACGUAACGAUAUUGCGGUGAUACGUCUACCUGAAAGCGUCAGUUUAUCGGAAACCAUUUCACCGAUCGCUUUACCUUCAUUCCUGGAGACCUUUGACAACUUUACUGGACAGACAGCUGUGGCUUCUGGAUACGGUCUCACUGGGGACAAUGUAGGACUUUCCCGAGACCAAUUCUUGAGCGGUGUAUCAGUGCCAGUGAUCACCAACGAAGUUUGCCGCAAUUCCUACCCUCUUAAUGUAGUCGAUUCCAACAUAUGCAUCAGUGGUGCUGGUGGAAAGAGCACAUGCCGCGGGGAUUCUGGUGGUCCCCUCGUUGUCACAAAGAACGGCAAACAAAUCUUGAUCGGUAUUACAUCUUUUGGAUCGCGAUGGGGCUGCACUAUUGGCUUCCCAGCUGCUUUCGUCAGAGUCACAUCUUUCUUGGACUUCAUUAAUAAUAACUUGAUGACAUUAUUAAUAAUUUUUAAAACAUUCAAAAUGAAAUUGUUCGUGGCUUUGCUUAUACUGCCUUUUGCAUGUGCGAAAAGUUUAGAUGACCUGUCUCCGUACGGAUACAUUUCAAAAUACGCGAUCCCAUUAGCAGAGAAACUUGAAAAAGCUGAAGAUGCUGCCGUAAACAACCUGUCAGGGAGGAUUGUAGGAGGCGAAGCUGCGAAGCUUGGAGACCAUCCCUAUCAAGCUGGCAUGAUUUCGGAUAUUGUCAAUAUGACGGGACGUGGUGUCUGUGGAGGUUCACUGCUUUCUGCUAACAAAGUCCUAACGGCUGCCCACUGUUGGUACGAUGGUCGCAACCAAGCCUGGAGAUUCACAGUCGUUCUUGGUUCCGUAUACCUUUUCCAUGGAGGAGUGAGGAUCCAGACUUCAGACGUGGUAACGCACCAAUGGUGGUUCCCAUUACUGGCCCGGAAUGACGUCGCUAUUGCUACUCUUCCGGAAAACAUUGCCUUUACAGAUAAUAUUAGCCCUGUGUCUCUACCAAAUAUUCUGGAAAUUUUUGAAAACUUCGUCGAUGAACAAGCCACUGCUUCUGGAUACGGAUUAACUGUAUCAGGCGGAAAUCUUUAUCAAAACCAAUCUCUGAACCACGUCACUCUCCGAGUACUUUCCAAUGACGUUUGUAGUUCGAUCUUCCCUAUACACGUGGUCGAUUCUACGAUUUGUACCAGUGGACUUGGAGGAACUAGUACCUGCCAGGGUGACUCUGGUGGUCCCCUUGUAGUUCGGAGAGGCGAGAGGCGUGUGUUGAUUGGUGUCACGUCAUUUGGUAUCGCUCUAGGCUGUGAUAUUGGCUUUCCUGCUGCCUUUGCUAGAGUGACGUCGUUCCUCAGCUUCAUCAACGAAAACUUGUAAUGAUGCAAUCUCUCUCAAAAAC